UGUUUACCCUUAUAAACUCUCCCUCCCCUCCAUACACUCCCUCACAUCAAAAAGCUUCAGUCUUCAUGAAUGAGUGAUGAGUUUUUCUGUUUCCAUUAUUCUUUAGAUCGAUUGGAGUCGCGUCCGGAGGUAGAGAAGGAUCGGAAGAUGGCGAUAAAGGUGAAGAACUCAACAAUGGUGAGGCCGGCGGCGGAGACGCCUUGGAGGGCGCUGUGGAAUUCCAACGUCGACUUGGUGGUGCCGAAUUUCCACACGCCGAGCGUGUACUUCUACAGGCCGUCGACGAUCGGCGGGUCCGGUUUCUUCGACGGCAAGGUUCUGAAGGAGGCUCUGAGCAAGGCUCUGGUGCCUUUCUAUCCAAUGGCUGGGCGGCUCCGCCGGGACGAUGACGGCCGUAUUGAGAUUGACUGCAACGGCGAAGGCGUCCUCUUCCUGGAGGCCGAAACGGGAAAAGUCAUUGACGAUUUUGGUGACUUCGCCCCCACGCUUGAACUCCGGCAAUUCAUUCCCGCCGUGGAUUAUGCCCGUGGAAUCGAAACUUAUCCGCUGUUAGUGUUGCAGGUAACAUAUUUCAAAUGUGGAGGAGUAUCACUUGGAGUUGGUAUGCAACAUCAUGUAACAGAUGGAUGUUCUGGUCUCCACUUCAUAAAUGCAUGGUCUGAUAUAGCUCGUGGCCUUGAUCUCACUAUCCCUCCCUUCAUCGACCGGAGCCUUCUCCGAGCUCGUGACCCUCCUCGGCCAGUUUUUGAUCACGUCGAAUACAAACCGCCUCCGGCCAUGAUCACUUCCUCCUCCUCGCCACCACCAACAAAACCAGGCCCAGGUUCAUCAGUAGUAUCCAUAUUCAAAAUGACUCGUGACCAACUGAACCUUUUGAAAUCUAAGUCCAAGGAAAAUGGAAACACAGUCAACUAUAGCUCCUACGAGAUGUUGGCUGGACAUGUUUGGAAAAGCACAUGCAAGGCACGUGCCUUACCCUAUGAUCAAGAAACCAAAUUGUACAUUGCCACUGAUGGAAGGUCUAGAUUGAAGCCAGCCUUGCCAGAAGGUUACUUUGGAAAUGUGAUAUUCACAGCCACACCAAUGGCUAUGGCAGGUGAACUCAUGUCAAAUCCUACUUGGUAUGCUGCAAGCAAGAUUCAUAAUUCUUUGGUGAGAAUGGAUGAUGAGUAUUUGAAGUCAGCUUUGGACUACCUUGAGCUUCAACCUGAUCUGAAAGAGCUUGUUCGUGGGGCUCAUACAUUUAAGUGUCCCAAUCUUGGGAUCACAAGUUGGGUUAGAUUGCCAGUACAUGAUGCUGAUUUUGGAUGGGGAAGGCCUAUUUUCAUGGGACCUGGUGGGAUUGCGUAUGAGGGAUUGUCAUUUAUAAUACCAAGCCCAUCAAAUGAUGGCAGCUUGUCUGUGGCCAUUGCUCUUCAGCCUGACCAUAUGAAAGUGUUUCAGGAAUUGUUAUACGAUAUUUAAUUCUUUUCUUCAUC